GAGGAGGGGUGGGGUGGGGUGGGGGGUGGUUUGGGGGCGAAUAAUUGAAGACGUCUGAUGUGGAGAAUUGAAUUUUGGGCACCUCCAAAUGGGCACAGAUGCGUAGAUGCGUUCUCUCGUUUACGUGAUACUGGAGAAUUGAAGUCCUUCGAGUGUCCGUGCGCGGAGACGCGUUCGGCUUUAGGGUCAGGGUCAGGGAUGCCCGGCACACACUUCUGACAUGCCGUCGACCCAAAUUGACCGAGCGGAACGUUGCGUUCCGUGGCAGACGCCGCUAUUCUCGGCUCCAAACGUUCGUUCGACUCAGACGCGCGACGCCGACACGAUUUGCGAUUGGGUUCGCGCAAUCGCAGGCUGAAACUCCUCCUUUCUGCGCGCCGCGCGAUGAUCCACGAAGGGACUCGCCGCCAUUUCCGCAUCAAGCGACCGCUUGCGUAGGCAGUUGGCAACAGUUGGGCGCACGCCUGCCAUUAGGAGCGAGUGGUCGGAAGCAACAGGUUGGACUGAAAGCCAUCCGAGGAAAAGCGCUCAAGUGGCGCAUGACGAUCGUUGUCAACGACGAGAAUCCUGCGCUUGUGCUGCUGUCGUCGUGUCUCUCGGAGACACUUUGUCGCUUCAAGUCCGGUCGGGGUCCGUUCAUUUAUUCUUCAUCCAAACUAGGAAGCGUUUCUCAACACAAGUCCGAGAAUGAGUGCGGCCACUUCUUGUUAUUGAUCGUCGCCGAACGUGAGCCAUCUGACAAAAAUCUCUCCCGAGGGGGGCCGCAGACCCAGAGAGAAAGAGAGAGAGAGGGGCGAAGGGGCUUUCCCUUUGUCUCUCUCGUCCCGUCCCGUCUCGUCAGGCUGGCUGGCACCGCCAUGGCGUUCACCUUCGCGGCCUUCUGCUACAUGCUCACCUUGGUGCUGUGCGCCGCCCUCAUCUUCUUCGUCAUCUGGCAGAUUAUUGCGUUCGAUGAACUGCGCACAGACUUCAAAAACCCCAUCGACCAAAGCAACCCCACCAGAGCGAGGGAGAGGAUUCUCAAUAUCGAGCGGAUCUGCAACCUUCUCCGCAGAUUGGUGGUGCCCGAGUAUUCCAUCCAUGGGCUCUUUUGCCUCAUGUUCAUGUGCGCCGGCGAGUGGGUGACGCUCGGCCUAAACAUCCCGCUUCUCUUCUACCACCUGUGGAGGUACGACCCGCACGGUCCCCGAACGGAGGUCUUCCAUUACCUCUUAUCCGCCGUCUGCCUUCUUCCCAGGUUUUUCCACCGACCGGCCGAUGGGUCAGAGGUCAUGUACGAUCCCGUAAGCGUGAUGAACGCUGACAUCCUCAACUACUGCCAGAAGGAGUCGUGGUGUAAGCUGGGCUUCUAUCUGCUCUCUUUCUUCUAUUAUCUCUACAGCAUGGUCUACGCCCUGGUGAGCUUCUAACAGACAUCCCAUCGAAAAGGAAAGAACGACAUCAGCUCGUCCCGUCCGUGUAAGCUUUCCUUUCCAUCAGCGAUUUGGCUUUCCCACGAUCCCACCUCGGAAGAUGAAAGUGAAAAACGACGACGACAACAACAACAAUCUGAGUGCCAUUGUGAAUGUAAAGCUGUUGCCUCCGAUCCAUUUUUAUCGCUUUAUUACAAACACCGACCGCUGCGAACGGAGGACGGAAGUGAAGCCGAUGGUGGAAAAGGUGUUUGCGUUGCCUUUUACGCCUCGUUACAAAUCCCGACGAGGACUUUGAAGGGCUGGAGCAAUCCCGUGCUGCUCGUACUGAUCCGGUCUCUUUAUUCACUGUGACUCCCCGAACAUUCAACAUGGGCUGGAACACCAAUCAUUUGUCUGUACUUUGAGAGACGCAUCUAAUAUUCAAGCAUUGUUUUUCUGCUGUGUUGUGGGUGCACUUCAUUGUAAAAGGGAGAAGAACUAAAAAAAAUAAUGCAGACAGGGACGUAACACUUUCAAUCAAGAUGGAGGGAAAGCUUUGGCCCCCCAAAAAACCAAGGUUGAAGUCUCCAUGCUGGCAAUUCAACUUGAAGCGUAUUCUUUGCUGUAAGGACGUCCUUCACGGUGAAGGCUGGAGACAUUUUCCCCCCGCCAAAAGAUUGUAUAUGAAAAACGGGGAUUCGCUGAAAAGCAAUGAAGACGCUUGCGAAAUACUCUCCCUUCUCACUUCAAUGCUAAGGCGACAUGCUGUGUCUCGGUUUUCACUUUCUUCAAGAAAUACCGAAUCGUGGUACAAUGCUUUUCUUAAAAAAGAUAAACAAAACAAACUUCACAAAAUCAAAAUAAAGAAAAACAACUUUUUCUUCGUGUACAGAAACGGCCUUAUUUCCAGUUAAGUUUACGUCUUAGCAUCUAGCGUCUAGCUAUUUUAGCACAGUGUCAUUUCAUGUAUGACAAGCAAUUAAAAAGUAACUAGCAAUGUAAAAGGUUCGAUGACAGUGUUAAUGUGCGUGUAAUAAUUGAGCGGGACACGAGCGACGGCGGCGAUACGUAACGAGUCAUUUCGGAAACGUGAAGUCGUCGCUCGCUUGGUGGCCAAGCCUUCGCUCGUCCGCCCUCGCUCUCACGUGCGGGACUUAUUUGUCGAGAAGUGACGAUUCCAUUGUGAUUUGAACAGCAGUAGGAAUUUCUGCCAUUUAGGAGCCUGGUAAAAAGGUGUCAUUCAUGAAUAAGUGUCGAUAACAUGUCUGCUGUUGCUACUUAGGAAAACGUGUCAUGAGUACUGCAGCCUGUGGAAAAUAUUGGGAACAAAAACAGGAAACAUUCACACCACAAUGUUCAACAUAGACUUUGUGUAAAAGUGUUUGAAAAGCACAUUUUGAAUGGACAGCAAUACUAGGAUUAAAGCCUACCACUGGAAUACAUGAAGUCAUUUGCAAAUAAUCCAAAUAAACAUUGGCUAUGUUAC